GGGAACUGCCUGGUCAUGUAUGUAAUUAUCAGGUACACAAAGAUGAAAACGGCCACCAACAUUUACAUCUUUAACCUGGCCCUGGCUGAUGCUCUAGUGCUGGCCACUCUUCCCUUCCAAUGCACGGAUGUCCUCCUUGGUCUCUGGCCCUUUGGUCUGGCUCUUUGUAAGACUGUAGUGGCCAUUGACUACUACAACAUGUUCACCAGUAUCUUCACCUUGACCAUAAUGAGCGUUGACCGCUACAUAGCAGUCUGCCACCCUGUGCGCUCCCUGACAGUUCGCACCCCACUCCGGGCCAAGCUGAUCAACGUGGCUGUGUGGGUGUUGGCAUCAGCCGUAGGACUGCCUGUCAUGAUCAUGGGUCAGGUGGAGGAGGAAGCUAACGGUAGUGUUGAGUGCAUAGUGGUCCUGCCUGACCCAACAGGACAUUGGGAGCCUGUAUUCGCAACUUGUGUGUUCCUCUUCUCGUUCUUGAUUCCUGUGGCAAUCAUAAGUGGCUGCUAUGGGCUGAUGGUGCGACGCCUACGCAGUGUACGUCUACUGUCAGGCUCAAGGGAGAAAGACCGGAACCUGAGGAGAAUCACCUAUAUGGUACUGUCAGUGGUAGCUGCCUUUGUUCUCUGCUGGAUGCCAGUGCAGGUCUUGGCUCUAUUCCAGGCCUUGGGAAAGGUUGAUCUUGGAGGCAGCCAAGCCACAGUGACAGCCAUGCACUUCUGUAUUGCUCUGGGCUAUGCUAACAGUAGUUUAAACCCUGCCCUCUAUGCCUUCCUGGAUGAAAACUUCAAGCGGUGUUUCCGUGAAUUCUGUGUGCCGACCAACUCAAGUUUGUAUGUAGAAGAUCAGCGCAAGAGGUCAUUGAAAAAGGAGAGAGAAUGUAGCGAGGUGGAAGAUGCAGGUGCUUCACAAGGAAAAGGAGUUGUUGUUGAUGUAGGUCCCAUUCCAGUGUGUGUCAGUUAGAGGUUUACUAUAAAUGUUUGGCCAUUAUACUUGAAUCUGAA